GCGGCACAGCGCCGCCCCCCGCCGUGGGACGUUGGUGGCCGCCAUGGAGAGCUCCUCUUCUUGCCUUCCAAGUGCUGGAUGGAAGCAAGGCAAAAUACACUUGCGAAGCUGAACUUCUUGCACUGCAGUUGUAAAGGUAAUUGGUUUUGGUAUUGGCAGCCUUCCAGUUAAAGUGGAUUUGGGUGCCUUGAACACUUGAAAGAUUCUUGACAUUGAGUGUUGUCCAUCCUGACAUUAUUUCAUGGUAUUAAUGCUGUGUCAGUACUCCCUAAUGUUUUUCAACAAGGUAUUUACUGCUAUGAGGAAUUUCUUUUCACCUUCCAGUACCUUCCUGGUAACAAAUGUUAAAACACCGGUACGAAUUUUAUGUGACAUCAAAUGUGCAAAUGCAAUGGAGUUUAAUGACUAUUAAAGUACAGAGGAGGGGAAAAGGAAGAAAAAUCAGUCAUGCUUCAGACUUUAAAAACACAUUUAGUUAGAUUUACCUCUCCAAACAAGGCUGCUUGCUAAUAUGGGAGUAUGUUGUGUAGCUUUUUUUCCAGUGACAAAUGUCAUUAUCUGAUCAUUUGUGGGGUGUGGAGUGAGAACAGGAAAUGCUUAUCUUGUAUCUGUAUGAAAUUAAAAGUUGUCUUCCAAGAAGUUUUUCUCUUUGGUUUAGACUUUAAAACUAGCAAGGGACCUGAGUAGGGUUAGAGGAGCUAAUUGGCAAUGCAGAGACAGUCUCCCGAGAGUUCUUGAUGCCAGACAUAGAAGACAGUAAGCAAUUUACUGUUUUGUAAGUGGCCCUUGGAACUUACUUGUCUUGUAUAUCUCCUUAAUUUGAGUGCUCUAUGGGUUAGAGAAGCUUUGAGUGGUUGAGUCAAAGUACUAUUGCAAGGACUUUUCUAAUUUAGAGUAUGUGUGAUCUGGAGUUUAAAAUAAUUUUGCAGCUAAGUUUCUACUGCACUGUGAUUGAAACACUUAAAUAUGAAUUGUCUGCCAGUUGUCAGUAGCGCUAAAUAUCUUGUUUGGCUGUACUACUGUAUGUGGAAGGAGGGAAGAUGGUCUUUGGUGCAAUAACCAGUGUGUAUGCCAUGAGGUUCCUGACAAGGCUUACCAUUCACAUUUAUUGUUAGCCCUGUGCAAUAUUACACCCUGUUACGUCCUCUCAUCUGUGUGGCUGCCUCAGAGGCAUGUUGUGCUAGAAUAAGAAAUUAAAAAGAUGACUGUGCAUUUUUAAGCCACCCUCAGUCUCAUUUGUUAUCCUUACCUGUUGACUCAUAGGAGGGUCAGCACAGUUGUCUUGUUUGCCUUUGUGUCUUUCUGGGGGGAUGAUAACAGUUCUUCUGUUGUUAUUAUGAAUGGUUAAUUAUUUAAAGAAAUGCAUGUGUGUCUAUUGUAAACAUAGGCAGACCUUAGCAGAAGAUCUCAUGUCUACGGUAUGUGUGCUAAAAUAUCCUAUUUUCUCUCAACAGGUGAGGGAAAGGAAUGCUGUGUGCUCUCCUCUCCAUUAAGGUUCUCCCUGCUUCCCAGUAGUAAUCACAGUGAAGUAAUAAAUUGGGGUGGGAGGAAUCUAUUUGAAAUAACUUUAUGUGCUAUCCUGCAAAGUGAGAUCCACCCAUUGCUGGAGGGUCUGACUCAGAACUUGAGAAACCCCAUGCUUAGUUUGCAAGGGAAGUGGCUAGCUGGAAGUACGAGCAGUUAGACUCUCCAACUUGCGUACACAGAAGAUAAGGUGCCUUGGGUCUUCUAAAAGUGUGACAGAAAGGAAUCACAGAGGGAAGUAUAGAGGUAAAUAAAAAGGUUGCUGUAACCUUUUCUGCAGAGUGAAGGAUUUCAGAAGGAUGGUGUCAGCUGUUAUACUGUGUAGGUGUUACAGUAAUGCCUGCAAUAAGGCAAAAUUGAUAAUUUGUCUCAGACUUGCUCUUUCAUGAUAUCAGAUUGCUCAGGCUUCCUGUGGACUUUUGGGUGUUCAUUUUGAAAUGUUAAUGCUCCUGUAUCUUAUUGGGAAGAUUUUUGGAAUAUUUUUAAGUUGUUCUUCCUUCAUGGGUAAUUCAGAUUAGUUAAUUAAAUGGUACUAAAAGUUUUCUUGGCGGUUGGAUGAGAAGGUAACUAUGUCAGCUAAGAAUGAAUUACGGCAAACUAUGGUAAAGAUGAAUGACCUGUAAGAAUACUCACUCCUUACAAUUUGAAAUUAAUAUUCUUAGUGAAUGCAAUACAGAAUGAAUAUUAAAAUAAUCUGCCUCUGGAUUUGACACAGGGCUAUCCUAAAGAAUUGGGUAUCUUUCCUCUUCAAAUUGUUUCCCUUGACCUGUAACAUUACAAGCACUAUUAAUCACUAUGUAGUUGCUUUAUAAAAGUCGCUUUGAUUAUUCUGAGCUUCCUGCAACUAGCAGGUUUUGGCAGAAUCAGCACCUGCUGAGUGAGUCCUGUUUCAUUAUGAGCCACAUCUACAGGAAUCAGUGUUGCUGGAGGAGGGAGGGUCCAAGAACUGUGUGAGCAAUGGAGUUGGGAGGAAAAUGAGACUGAAGUCUGUUUCCAUUUUGUUUCUUUGUCCAAAACUCUGGAUAUGUGAUACUUUAAAGUGGGUUAACUUUUUUUGAGUUUUGAGCGCACACUUCUACAUUUGAAGUCUGAGAGUCACAGGUAUGUCGUACUUGUGGAAUCAAGUGAUUUGCUCAUGCCUAACUAUUUUAUUGAAUCUGUCAGUAGCUGUUUGAACAAUGGCUUUGAAAAUAAGCAUAAAUCAACAGAGAAGUUGGAUGCGGUUCAGAAGGUGCAGACUGGUCUGCCUGUUGUUGUUCAGUUAAAGUAGUAUUUGUUAAGUCUCAAUUAGAGAAGCCUCAUCAGAGAUCUCGGUGGUCUUUUAUUCGAUCUGAAUAAAAAGCCUUUGCUUUUGCAGUAUCUGUGGGACAGUAAUAUUUUUGUAAUUGCAGCUGUUUAGGUACCACCUUAGUGGUCUGAAAACAUCCUGUGCCAGCAUAUCAAUUUUGAGUUUGUUUCAUCUAUUGAAUUCUGGGUUGUAGCUAUCCUCUGUGAAUCCACAGAAGGCUCUAUUUGAGGCUCUUGAUUCUUCUUUUCUUCAGAUGAUGUUACCUGAACAUCACUGCCUUGUUUGCCACUUGCUAGGAGUUAAUUCAGUACUACUGGCACCUGUUCUCAGGAGAAGAUUUUCAGUUGUGGAAGAUGCUUUCUUAUGCUCCUGGUGUCUUGGGGCCUAUUUAGGUGCCUUCAAGACCAAUUUCAAGCUAUGCUUUGACUUGGUGCUGUUAUGACUGUAGUUGUGGUGUUCUAUCUUGGCAGAGUCUUGAUCUAGGUUAGGAGUAUGAUAAUUCUUGUCUGUUAAGAGUAAUUCUGUAUUUUAUAUGUAAACUUGUUAGGGUUCUCCAAUGGUAUAACAAGAACUAACAAACACCAUAAAUCCUUCCACUGCCCCCCCCAAGACUGUAAUAAGGGGGUCUCUUCUUCAGUUGAAAUGACUGGAGCGCUGCAAAUAACACUAUAUUUGCAUGCUGUCCUUUAGAGCUCCAAAGUCUUUAAUGCAGAGGUGCACUCUUGCUGUGUGCUCACACGAAGCCUGGCACAGCAAGUUCUUGCCAUCUCUUGAGACUCUGGGCGCUACCCGAAUGUCUGUAACAAUGUCUAUGUGAUUUCUGAAUGUAAAUCUGCUUGUGUUCCUUUUCAGCUGCAGAACAGCCCAGCUUAAGCAAGAUCCAGUUUUGAAGCAGGUGGUAGUACCUGGACUCUGCUUAAACUGCUUUCUUCCAUUGAAUUCAAACACACAAACAAGGUUUCCUCUGAUACUUGGGCGAGAGAUGGCAGUCUACAGAGAGAUGCAGCCUGUGACGAAGAGAAGCAGAGAAACUUUUGGAUAGCUUAACAACAUAAACACACAAAAGCAUGUUCAUUUUCUCCUAAAGUAAUUGAUUGCACCUUUAUGUUCUGCCAUGCAGAGAUGGUCAGCAGUCAGCCUCUUCCCAUAGCAGACAGUGGGAAAAGGAAAAAGAAAAAAAGAACCAGAGCCACAGAUCAUGUCCCUGGGAAGUUUGAAGACUUGUACAAGCUGACUGCUGAGCUUCUUGGUGAGGGAGCAUAUGCCAAAGUUCAGGGUGCUGUCAGCCUCCAAACUGGGAAAGAAUAUGCAGUAAAAAUCAUUGAAAAAAAUGCUGGGCAUAGUCGGAGUCGGGUUUUUCGUGAAAUAGAAACGCUGUACCAAUGUCAAGGUAACAAGAACAUUUUGGAGUUAAUAGAAUUUUUUGAAGAUGACACAAGAUACUACCUUGUCUUUGAGAAGCUGCGAGGAGGUUCCAUCCUGGCCCAUAUACAAAAGCGGAAGCACUUCAAUGAACGAGAAGCUAGCAAAGUGGUGAGAGAUAUUGCCUCCGCUCUGGAUUUUCUUCAUACAAAAGGUAUUGCUCACAGGGACCUGAAGCCUGAAAACAUCCUAUGCGAAUCUCCAGAAAAGGUAUCACCAGUAAAAAUAUGUGACUUUGAUCUUGGUAGUGGGGUGAAGCUGAACAGUGCAUGUACUCCAAUAACUACUCCCGAAUUAACAACGCCGUGUGGGUCUGCAGAAUACAUGGCACCUGAAGUGGUUGAAGUCUUCACGGAGGAGGCCACGUUCUAUGAUAAGCGGUGUGAUCUUUGGAGCCUGGGAGUGAUUCUGUACAUCAUGCUCAGUGGUUACCCCCCUUUUGUGGGCAACUGUGGCACAGACUGUGGCUGGGACAGAGGAGAAGUCUGCAGAGUUUGCCAGAACAAGCUUUUUGAGAGCAUUCAGGAAGGCAAGUAUGAAUUUCCUGACAAGGACUGGUCGCAUAUAUCCUCUGAGGCCAAAGAUCUCAUCUCAAAGUUACUGGUUCGUGAUGCCAAAGAACGACUUAGUGCUGCUCAAGUUUUGCAACAUUCAUGGGUUCAAGGACAGGCUCCUGAAAGGGGAUUACCAACCCCUCAAGUUCUGCAAAGGAACAGUAGCACAAAAGACCUGACGCUUUUUGCUGCUGAGGCUAUAGCCCUUAACCGCCAGUUGUCUCAGCAUGAGAACGAACUCAGCGCAGAGCAGGAGAACGUUGCCCAUGCCGUGUGCUCCAUGAAGCUUUCUCCUCCAUCCAAGUCCCGCCUCGCCAAGCGCAGAGCAAUGACGCACGCCACCAAAAACAGUGACUUUCAGCCAGUUCCCCAUAAAGCCUUUUAAACUUCUUCCCUGCUAUGGAUUGGCAAGAUCAGCCUGUGUUCUUACUUGGAUUUUCAGUGCUGAUAAAGGCUUCUCUGCUUCUGACACUUUGAUUAGAAGCUUGCUCUUGUGAUGUGACUUGUAACUUUAAGGGGACAGCUUUAUAUGGGAAUGUUUUUUGCCUGUCAGAUUUGGUGCAUUAAGAUAAUUUAACUGAUCUUUUUAAAGCAGAGAAGAUGGGUUUGCUGCUGUAUUAUCUGAGGUGAUAAAUCAUAAGCUUUCCUUAUUUUCUUCUUAGAAGAGCAUGCUUUAAAAUGCGAACUUGAAAACAUCAGAAAAAACCCCCACUUUCUUGCUGUGCCUGGCAGAGCAUGAAGUCUCUCCCUGCCUAUGGUUGCUCUCCUCGAUGGUACAUCUUGAGGUGCUGCUUCUGGUGUCAGCAGCAGGGACUGUUUUUCAACCAGCAGUGCCCUUCUCUCUCUCUCUGUAGACUCAGGAAACGAAGAUGAUGAUCGAGCAGAUCUCUGUCUCCAUUACCUUCAUUGGGCUUAAAUUGUACGAGGAUGUAAAGAUGCAAAGAUCGCUCAGGCUUGUAGAGAUGAAGAGGACAGGGUUUCUUUUUUUUUUUUUUUUAAAACCCUGUUGAUAGUUUGUAUGUCAGCAUGUGGGAUGAAAGCUGGGGGGGUGUUAUUUCUUUAUCUGACAUAUUUUUGUUUUUAACUAAAAUGUAUUUCAUACCAUCUCUUUUGGGGGGGGAGGCUUUUUGUGUGUCCCAUAUGUCCCCUUCUCUGGCAGUUACAUUCUUAAGUCUGAUAACCACAGUAUAACAGACUGUUUAUAUAACAGUUUAUAUUUAGUAUCUGUUUUUUUCCAUAUUAAUGCUAUCCUCAGUUUUACCUUCCCUUCUGUAAACUCGUAUUUCUCCAAGUCCUUUUGCGUGUGUUACCUGGAGUUAACGUGAAUGGACAGGCUUCAGUGAAUUUUGGUGUGCGAAUAAUUUGGGAUUAUCAAAUGCAGAGGUACAUCUGUGCAAAAAUGGUGCUGCAGCUGUUGCAUUCUGCCUCCUGCAGUGAUCUCAGGCUGGGAGUCUAGAUUUUUGCUUCCAGGUUUAGUACUGUGGUGCACCAGGGGUCAGGAGUAAUUUGGAAGGGUACUGGCUGAAAAGCUGAGGAUUUUGAGUGACCAAGGUGAGGUGUGAGGUGUCCAUGUAGAAGGACACGAAUGUUGAGCACUUUCUGAAACGUAAGCUGUGAAAAUGGGGCUGCUACGAUGCCUGACAUGACGCACCUUAAACUUGCCAGCCAUUUCUGAAACCCUUUGCCAGGGCAUUGCGUGCAGGGUGGAGAGGGGGAGGAGGAAGCGGUCCCCACGUACCAGCACAAAACCCUCCCAAGCAGAAUGAGAAUAAAGUAGCAGAUCCAACAAGCUCUUGGAAAUUGAAAGGUCAAAGCCGAAUGUCUUUGCAUGGCCUAUUCGGAGCGAUUUUACAUUAUCUUUUAGCAGUGUGCAUACAGCUAUUUUUAUACAACAUGCUGUAUUUUGUGACUAAUAUUAAAGUUAUUUAAAGGUUUUUAUACAUUGUGCCAGUGGAUGGAUUAUGAAAUGUAUUUUGCUUUGUUUUUAUUAAAAUGCUUUAAGUUAUGGAUUUAACAUA